ACCACCAUCUGAACGAUCGCCAAGAAGAGGAAGAGAGCCCCCACGGCGGCGACUAGGCGGAUCGUCGCCGAGAUCCGCGCUCACUGCUACGUGGACCCACGCGUCAGUUUCGUUCCACGCGAGGGCCCGAGCAGGUACGGGCCCCACCGGUCGGUGAGAGUCAAGGGGCUGCGAGUUGCGAGAGUGGGUGGAUAUUUGCAGGCUGCUCCUUUUGGCCCAGCCGCCGGGGUAGGUGAGCCGAGCGCUGGCCAACACGAUUCGCGCAGGCGGCGGGCGGCUUCAGGCGCUGCAGAUCAAAAGGAGGCCCGAACUCCAAAGUCCACCGUGCAUCCCUUCCUCCUGCCCCCGCCCGCCCCAACUCCGAACCGCACUGCAGCGCCCGACGGUCGAGCGCGCCUCGAUCCAGAUCCAGGUUGGAGAUGGCUCUUACGAGAAUUGGUCUCGCCGGCCUCGCGGUCAUGGGGCAGAACCUUGCCCUCAACAUAGCAGAGAAAGGGUUCCCUAUCUCUGUCUACAACAGGACGACCUCCAAGGUGGAUGAGACCGUGCAGCGUGCCAAGCUGGAAGGAAACCUCCCUGUGUAUGGUUUCCAUGACCCUGCAUCCUUCGUGAACUCCAUUCAGAAGCCGCGUGUCGUCAUCAUGCUUGUCAAGGCUGGGGCGCCGGUUGACCAGACCAUCGCCACCCUUGCGGCACACCUGGAGCAGGGCGAUUGUAUCAUUGAUGGAGGAAAUGAGUGGUAUGAGAACACGGAGAGGAGGGAGAAGGCAAUGGAGGAGCGUGGACUCCUAUACCUUGGCAUGGGUGUCUCCGGAGGAGAGGAGGGUGCCCGCAAUGGCCCGUCUUUGAUGCCUGGAGGCUCUUUUGAGGCGUACAAGUACAUCGAAGAUAUUCUUCUGAAGGUCGCUGCCCAGGUCCCUGACAGCGGCCCGUGUGUCACAUAUAUUGGCAAAGGUGGAUCAGGCAACUUUGUCAAGAUGGUUCACAAUGGAAUUGAAUACGGUGACAUGCAACUGAUUGCUGAGGCAUAUGAUGUUCUCAAGUCAGUAGGUAAGCUCACAAACAGUGAACUGCAGCAGGUGUUCUCUGAAUGGAACAAGGGUGAGCUCCUCAGUUUCUUGAUUGAGAUCACCGCAGAUAUUUUUGGUAUCAAGGAUGAGCAGGGUGAAGGCUACCUGGUCGACAAGGUCCUGGACAAGACCGGGAUGAAAGGAACUGGGAAAUGGACGGUCCAGCAGGCUGCAGAACUUUCUGUGGCUGCUCCUACAAUUGAGGCAUCCUUGGACUCGAGGUUCCUCAGCGGUCUGAAGGACGAGCGGGUCGAGGCUUCCAAAAUCUUCCAAGGUGACUACUCCACUGGCCUACCAGUGGACAAGGCACAGCUGAUCGAGGAUGUGAGGCAAGCUCUCUACGCCUCCAAGAUCUGCAGUUACGCACAGGGCAUGAACAUCAUCAAGGCCAAGAGCUCAGAGAAAGGAUGGGGACUCAACCUUGGUGAGCUAGCGAGGAUCUGGAAGGGAGGGUGCAUCAUCCGUGCCAUCUUCCUCGACCGCAUCAAGAAGGCCUAUGAUAGGAACCCCAACCUUGCCAACCUCCUUGUGGACCCUGAGUUCGCCCAGGAGAUCAUGGACAGGCAAGCUGCUUGGCGCAGGGUAGUCUGCCUAGCCAUCAACAAUGGCGUUAGCACCCCAGGCAUGUCUGCGAGUCUGGCCUACUUCGACUCCUACCGCAGGGACAGGCUGCCCGCCAACCUGGUCCAGGCACAGAGGGACUACUUCGGGGCUCACACCUACGAGAGGGUCGACAUGCCUGGUUCUUUCCACACCGAGUGGUUCAAGAUUGCGCGCAACUCCAAGAUCUGAGCUGCUGCUGCUGCACAAACGGCAUGCCAAAACACGAUAAGACAUGGUUUCGUGCCUUCAUAUACUGCCGGAUGUUGAGUAAUCAGUCAUAUAUCGUUUGCAGGGGAGGAACUGUGGUUGAAUUUUAUUUUCCAUGCGCAUUGCUUAAGUUAGGUCAGAAGUUCAGAGUUCCCUCUUGUAAGCACUAAGCAGUCCCGGAUGGAGAACAUUUAAAUUUGCUGGAACUUUGCAUUUAUGUUCGUAAGUUUAUUACAUGAAUAAAAGCAUUUUGGCAUGCUUGUUUUUAGUUCU